AUGAGUCGAUACGUAUCGAAUAAACUAGGAUCACUUCAAGCUAAGUUGUUUUCCUUUGACGGUCUCACACCUGGAACGUGGUUCGCUUUUCGGAUUUACUACCAGUUACAUUACCAGAAUUCUCCCGAAGCAGAGCAUGAUCUUAAAACGAAGCAGGAGAUUAUCGUGCGUACGAAGGACUCUGAGUAUGAGGAUCCAAUGAAGAUUAACGACAGUAUCGCGUAUAUCGACGAUCUGUUCCUUACUAAAGACAACAUCUACAUUGGAGUGGCGUCCGUUUUUAAGGACACAAGCAAGGUGAUUACCGUUAUUGUGCCGGAACUGCGGUGUUCUAAAGGUGUACUCAAACCGCUUGCUCAACAAGUGAUCCGCCAUGCCACGUUUCACUUCGACCUCACUGCGUUAGGAGAUUCAGAUAAGAGCUGUACCCGUAUCUGCAUCUUUCCAUUUCUUAGAGUUGCAAUUCAAAAUCGCACCAGUGAGACAUUCCGGGGCAAGGAGUGGUGCGGUAGCAUCGCUGAGGCACGACAACUCGUCUCCAGCGGUGAAACUCGUCCACGUGGCGUAAUCUGUGUAGUGCUGAUGAUAAUGAAGAUCGCUGCUUUGUCGCUGUUUCUAUCAUGA